GAUGUUGAUGGUUGGUUGUUUUGGACAGUGAGGUUAAUGGACGACGAAAAUAGUUUCUUGAUAAAUAUUUAGAUAGAAACUAUAAUCAAAUAUGUUAUAUAUAAUACACAAACAUUCAAGCAAUGUUCUAACUUCAGUGUCUGCCAUCUAAUUAUGUUGCUUUUCUUAGAAUAACAUUGCAAAGAAGUUUCUUUGUCAUGGGAAUAGUUUUCAUAAACUAUCGAUCGAUUACGAAAGAGCAUUUUUCUUUACAUUCUUUGUGUAAAUUGGUGUUCAUUUAACUAACAAGUAAUAAUUAAGUUAUAAUAGCUAUAACCUCAGUAUUUGUAAUACACUACCGCGUUGUUAUGGUGUUUACGUUCACAAUUUAUUGCACCCGCACUCCACCUCCACUGAAAUCUUCACGAACUGACGAAAGCUGAAAUCGACGCAUGAUUUGAAACGAGUAGAUUGCUGAUUUAACUUUCUGUUCCUGAUCACACGUCCAUGUAUUGUUGCUCGUUUCUUUCGCGACUGGGCGUCGGGAUGGCGAGCAUGAGUUCCACGCUCGUCGAGACCGUCUCCAUCAACUACGAAGACUUUAACGAAAGCUUUCUCACUUGCGGCACAUGUUUAUGCACUUAUGAUGGUGGGGAACAUACCCCGAAACUUCUCCCAUGUUCUCAUACGGUCUGCUUGCAUUGUCUCACUCGCAUAGCAGCUUCACAAACAAGAGAUGCUGGUACCUUUCGAUGUCCUAUAUGUCGCGAGCUCAUAACGAUACCUCGAGGGGGAGUUCCUGCGCUACCACCCUCAUUUCUCGUCAACCAGUUACUUGAUUUGAUGGCACGACAACGCAGAGAAGUUAUACCACAAUGUAGCUCACAUCCAGGGAGAGAGUUAUUAUUUUGUGAAACGUGCGAUUGCGUGUUUUGUAGACAUUGCGCUGACGGGCCUCACAGCGACACACCUUGUGACCACACUGUAGUACCGUUUUCGAUAGCACUGAAAAGAAUGUCUGAAAUAUUGUUAUAUAGAGCUAACGAAUGCCUUAGUAAACUUGGGUCUGCUAGAGAUGCCGUUGCUAGCGAACUGAGGAGAUUAGAUGCGGCAGCGACAGCAGCGGAUGAAGCGAUCGAUAGACAUUUUGCAGAUCUUAAAGCAGCGCUCGAUAAACGACACGGUGAACUUAAAUCGGCCGCUGCGGCAGCAGCUACUCAUAAACGAAAACUUCUCGAAGAACAAUUGAAGUUAAUUGAUGCAGAAAAAACAAAAGUAGAAGCAGAAUGUUCUGGGCUCCAACAGCAAGUGGAAGUACGAGAAGUGAGUAGCCGUGCCGCUGCUCUAGGUGCGCGAUUGGGUGAUGCAGCAGCCCUAGCGGAGCCUAGAGAAAACGCCUUCCUGGCCGUAGACUUUGCUCAUAAUGACGCACAGCAACGAUUCGCUGAAUCUCUCGCCGUGUUGGGCAGGGUUCGAACCAGCACCACUUUCCCAGGGCUGUGUACACUGCAACUUGAGUCACAAUGCGUAUGCGGUCUCGAAGUAGUGGUAGUACUACGAACAGUAGAUUAUCAUGGAGAAGCAAGAAGUACAGGCGGCGAUCCUGUUACAGCUGCCGCCACACUUGACGACGCUCCAUUACCUUGUAAUGUUACAGAUUUAGAUUCCGGCUUGUACAGGUAAGCUUAAUAUAAAAUAAUGGGUGAGUUAGCGAGUUUGUGAGAGGGAAGUCUGGCACUGACAUAAAAACUGAAAGGAAAGCGUCUGACCUGGUACAGACAUACGAGAACAUGAAAUGAAUGAUGGUGAGAGCUAGGGAAAGACCACAGAAAAGAUGGACGUACUGUGUAAGGCAUGAUAUGAAAGUGAGUCAGUGGACAGAGAAAAGUGGAAGAAGAGGACACACUGAGCUGACUACACAUAGACCGGGAACACGACAGGAAGAUGAUGAUGAUGGGUCAUUUAGAAGGUAAUUAUGAUAAAAAAAAAAUUAUUCAAAUAAUACAUUUCACUAACCUAUAAUAAAUAUUAGACUACAUCACAUACAUUGCUCUGAUGACAAAUAAAGGUGCUUUUAGCACUUUUAUUAUGGAAAUCAAACCCGAGACAACAUAGAAGAGUUCAUUUUACAUUGACCCGACCAUAGAAGCUUUAACCCUUUCAUUUACACAAAUUUAUAAAAACUUAAUAUUUAUAAAAUUAUUUUUCAGAAUUGAAAAUGUUUAUAUAAUAUAUAUUCGAAGUGCUUGCUAUGUUCAAAAUGCAUGUGAAAAUUCAGUAAAUAGUAUUUUUAAUUGAACAAAUAUCUUUAUUUAGUUAAAAGAACAAUUGAAAUAUGUCUAAAUAAUUAUGAUGCGCUGUAAUUUAUACAUAUUCGCUUCCAUCUUUAGGUGACGCGUAUUUACGACAGUUAAAAUAUUAUGGAUUGAUUCAUCUCUAAUAAAAUAACGCACUAAAAAGCAAUUAUGUCACAUAUCUGCAGCGCAUUGAUGUUUCAGUUCCAAGUCAAUAGAUGGCAUUGACUACAACGCCAUCUAUAGCGUUGAAUCGCGCUAACAAAAACUAUCGAAUCAAUUGGUAGUAUAUUUGAUGGCAUAAAAGAAUCGGCCACCGGGG